GGGUGUUUGAAGAGAAGACCAAAGGGAAACCGACCCUUUCGGGGCCGGUUUUCUUCGGAGCUCGGAUGGAUUUUGAUGAGCUGGACGAAUUGGACCCGGUGGUGCUGAAUCCACGUGAUCGUGACAUCGCCGUGGCGAUUUUGGGCGCCACAGGCUUCACCGGGAGCCUCAUGACUGAGCACCUGGAUGCUGUUCUCAGCUUGCGUAAAAGCUCGGGCCCAAAGUGGGCCAUUGCCGGCCGCAACGUCGCCAAGCUUCGGAACAUCGCAAGCCAUUGCAGCACCGACCCGGAGAUCAUCCAGGUGACUAGCGAUGCCCAACUGGCGCAGUUGGCGAGCAGAUGUGAGGUGGUGAUUUCUGCUAUCGGGCCGUAUGCAGUAUGCGGCGAGGCAGUAAUCAAAGCCUGCGUCGACAACUCGACCCACUACAUUGAUGUCACUGGCGAAAUUCCCUGGAUGCACGCAAUGAUUGCCAAGUACCACGCUACAGCCAAAGAGAAAGGAUCAAUGAUUGUCCUGUCUGCUGGGAGCGUCAGCGCGGUCGAUGAGAUUCUUUGCUACAGCCUGGUCAAGAAACUUGGCCCGCUGAAAUCAUACCGCGAAUACUUCAGCCAGUUUGGAGGUGUCAGUGGCGGCACCUUGCAAUCCACUAUCUCAACGCUUUCCGGGAGCGAAGAGGGCCGCGCCAUUGCCAAAGACCCCUUCUGCCUGGGCGGCAAAAAGGCAAGUGGCAGGGCGGGGGACCAGGACUGCAUCGCCGUAGAGGCAGAUGCGAUGUACCCCUCCAUAUUCCUGUCGCCCGCCUACAACAGCAGCACGGGCUCUCGGGUGGUGAGACGCAGCAGCGGCCUCUUCGAGGCGACGGACUUGGACAUGUUCUACGGGUCAGAGUUCAGCAUCACCAUCCGGGAGGGCCACCUGCAGCAGCCGUUGGCGCAGCAGCAGUUGCAGCAGUUUGCCGCCCCCGACGCCGCUUCCGCCGCUUCCGCCGCUGCCGCCGCUGCCGCCGCGGCGGCUUUUGCCGCGGCUGCGCGGGAGAGGGGGGAGGCGCCCUGGCCGGGCCAGGGCCCCCCAGAGGAGCUGAGGAACUCCUUCGGCGCGGAGGUGCUGGCGAUGGCGGAGUCGGAGUCAGGUGAGUGGGCUCAUGCACGAUGGACCUCGGGAUGCGCCUACGAGGUUUCAGCCAUGGCACCGGUCACUGGGGCCUUGGUCAUCGUGGAGGAGCUGAAGGCUGACAGCGGACGAGGCGGCGUGGUCACGCCUGCCUUUGCCUUUCAUGGGACAUCGUGGAUUGAGAAGUUGCAAUCCGUGCCCUUUGCAAAUCGUGGGGCGCAAGUCUGCUUGGAGCUGCGAGAAGGCAAGAUCGCGGAGGAGGCUCUGAAGCAGCAAAUCUCGGAGAGGAACCGAAAGGUUAUGGAAGGACUGAGCCGCAAGCUCAAGGCGUGGGCGCCCCCUGCCUUGUGCGAAAGCAUUGUGUGACGUGCG